GACCUACCAUCCAAAUUACCUACAGAAACAGCGAGGAGAGCGUCUCCUCUGGACUGCUAAAACACAGAUCUUGCUUUGCUGCUACAACAGUCCUCUCUUCUUCCAAGAUAGAAAUGGGCAGCAGCAGUCAUUUUCUCCAUCAGUGAGAGGCAUAUCCAGACCCUCUGCAGCCAAACAGAACAGAUACAACCUUUUUAGAAGAUAAAACCUUUUUAGAAGACCCAGACUGUAUUUGGUUAUCACCUUUUUGGAUAAACAUUUUGGGGUCCAUGAUGAAUAAGACAAGGUCUGUUCAUGAUGGUUUUCCUUUCCUGAACAUUAAGAACUUGAGCUCAAACCGAAGCUUCCCCUCACACCUUUCUAAUCAGUGCAGGAAUGUCACUGACCUCACUGUUUUUCUGGCCACCUCUUACAGCUUGGAGACAGUCCUAGGCAUUGUGGGAAACAUCUGCCUGAUUGCUGUCAUAGCCAGGCAGAAGGAAAAGACCAAUGUCACCAACAUCCUAAUUUCCAAUUUAAUAAUUUCAGACUUGUUUAUGUGUCUUGUCUGCCUGCCUUCCACCAUUGUUUACACCAUGAUGGACUACUGGAUAUUUGGGGAGGUCAUGUGUAAAAUGACCUCUUUCACUCAGUGCACAUCUGUGACAGUGUCAAUACUUUCCCUUGUCCUUAUUGCUCUGGAAAGACACCAGCUCAUCAUAAACCCAACUGGCUGGAGGCCAAGCAUCUCCCAAGCCUACCUAGGAAUUGGAGUCAUUUGGACUUUAGCAUGUCUCAUGUCCUUGCCCUUUUUGACCACGUCCAUCUUGUCUAAUGACUUGUACCAGCAGCUUUCACACAUCAUGAAUUUUUCCAAUGACAAGGCCAUAUGCAUUGACUCAUGGCCUUCUGAGCAACACAGACUUAUCUACACCACCACCUUACUGCUCUUGCAAUACUGCAUCCCACUGUUCUUCAUUAUACUUUGCUACCUGCGUAUCUACUUACGCCUACAGAAAAGAAAAGACAUGUUUGAGAAGAGUGAAUACAGCAACCGAGCAGUUCAGCUGAGAAGGAUAAAUAUUUUGUUAGCAUCCAUGGUUGCUGCUUUUGCUGUUUGCUGGUUACCACUGCAUGUUUUCAACACCAUUGUGGACUGGAAUUACAAAAUCAUUUCACCUUGCCACCACAAUCUGAUCUUCUCAUUGUGCCACCUGGUAGCCAUGGCUUCCACCUGUGUCAACCCCGUUAUCUAUGGUUUCCUAAACAGCAACUUCAAAAAAGAAGUGAAGUCACUGAUUCUGAGCUGCCAGCAUAAUUCAGUAACUGCAUCCAUGGAAGAAUACGAUCAUUUACCUUUAUCCACCAUGCAGACUGAAAUCUCCAAGGGCUCACUGAUGUUGAACUGCAGACAUAAUUCCAUUUAGCUAGCAGAAAACAUUUCAGAGGGUUGCAUUGACACCACACACCAACAGUACCUGUGAGUAUAAAAAGCAACUGUUGAUGCUACAGCUGGGAUGCAAACAGGAGCCCACUGCUGCCUGACUUUUGGAAGAACAGGCAAAGGAAGUUCAUAAACGUAUACAGUAGCUCCUGUGGUGCCCAAGUUGUUCACAUCAUUGAGGCGGUACAGACGUUGAGAAGACUGGGCUGAUGUGUAACUGGCUGCUCUACCAGCUCAGUAACUAAGCUGCGGCUGCACAUAGACUGACGUGGGGUUCAUCAGCUAAGCUCACAUCACCAUGGCUGAGAUAGAAUCUCAGGCUUCCAAUAUCAGUUCUACAGGCUGCCAAAAGCUGCAUUAGUGAAGGCUUCAUUUUUCAGUAUUAGUAAGAUGUUCAUGCACUGAUGACACACCAGUGGAACAGAGAUAUGUAAAUAUGUACAUUUUUGUGCUUUACCAACUCUGACAGCUUGAUAGGUAACAGUAAUGUAUCAACAGAUCUAGUUCACAUCAAACUGGAUGCCUGGAACUUCUCUCUCUCAUCGUACAGGUCUGGGAAUAGCCACUUGGCAAUAGCAAGUAGGGACACAGAACAAUCCUGUUACAUAAAGUUACUUAUAGAGGAAUACUGGCAAAUGAAAACAGUACUCUGUGGAUUAAACUCUUGAAGCACAUAGACAUGAUGCAGAGCACUAUUUUUAAGCAAAUGAAAAACAGUUGCAGAUCUAUGUGGAAACAAAUCUGGUUGAUUUUGCAAUUCCUGCUGCUGCCAGUCACAGAGCUCCACAACACUAAAAGUGCAUGCCAUGAUGAUAAGACCUGGCUGGAUUACUGGAGCUGUUCCAGACCUCGGUAGGAAGAUCUCAAUUCUGCUUCAGCAGCAACAUACUAACUAGUUCCUUGGUACUUCAACCACAGCGUGUCUUGUUCAGAAAGUCUGAAUGAGCAUGAAAAACUGUUUGUGGAAGCCUUGUCUUUUCAGAGUGCAUACACUCCCAAAGAAAUAAGCAUACACAUGGAGGUUUUCUGUUUCCUGUUAAAAUAAAACCAGGUAUCAGACACCCGUUCCACUUGCUGGCAUCAGCAACAAAGAUGGAGCUGAAGCUCCGACAGAUCAAUAGAAGGUCAGUAAAAAUAGCACAAGUGGAAUCCAGGUCAGGUGGAGACACAAAUCUUAAAGCCAAGCUACAUGUAAAUAAAUAGUAUUGUCUAUUUUGUCUAAUUGCUCUACUGAAGCGAGGGUCAUGUUUUUUAAGAUGUGUGGUAUUUUUAGUCUUUGUCCACAAAUUGGCUCAGUGACUGCUGAGAAACCAAGAAGUAGUUAUGCCCAAGACAGCCAUGCUGAGGAACAAAAUGGAAUAAUAAUAAAAAAAAAAAAUAGAAGGCAAGUGUAUAAAACGAUAUCAACAUAUUCAAGGUGCUGUAGGCUAAUAGUAAAGAAAUAUGGAACUGUAUUCUGUCCUGUGUUGUUAAACUAACCUUAGCAGAAGACUGGGCUAGGUGACCAACUGAGGUCACUUCUAACCUGAAUUAUGUUACGCUAAGUAGUCAUUACUUCUCGUAGUCAAUUACAUUGCGUGGAUUUGAAGCUAUCUAAUGUACAGUUAUGCAGAAAGCUUCCCUUAACCAGAAGCUCUCCAAUUAGAUGAUGGUAAACAAUUAGGUGAGCCUCCCAUGCUGUGGUCUGACAGGCAAUACAGACUUCAGACAGAGCAUCUGAAGACAAGAUCAAACUCUUACACUAUGGGGUAGCAAGAGCUACCAACAAAGAUGAAUUUGUAUCUGCAUCUGGCAUAGAUGGCAGGUAAUCCCUUGCCAGGAGCUGGGACACAGAAAUCGGUGGCAAAACUUCAGGUUUGGACAUUGAAUACUUGCAUGCAGGGUCUUAAGAAGUCAUUCUGACACAGCCACCCUUCUAAUUCUGGGCAGAACCUGUAUAUCUCAAUAAGAGAGUUCAUGUGUGAUUUCCUUCUGCAACCUCUUCAGUUACCUGGCAAGACAUGUUUGCUUCUUUUAGAUGGACUUCUGCUUUCUUUUGUAUUUGUAUUUGUUGUUGUUGUUGUUGCAGUAUGAGAAGUAGUUUCUCUUGAUUUCUUUGUAUUCAGUGUCAUUUUUAGACUGGACAUUGAUCCUAUUAGAAACACAGAACAAGAGGACUCAUUUUUAUCUCAACCACAGUUUGAAGUUUGCUACUGUAACUGAAACCAGAGCUGAAAUAACCAUUCAAUGCUAAGUAGUAAAAAUAUAUUAACUUCUCCUUAUCAAUUUUAUUUAUACCAAAACUGUGUUGUAUUAUUUGAGAGCUUAAAUACUGAUUAAAUUUUUUGGUGUUUUUAUAUUUAGGGUUCAUUUCACCCAAUUACUCAAGUAAUUCUGCCUGUUUCCUGCUCCUUUUUGUAAUUUCAACAUUUAAUUAACUAAUGUGCAUGUCAAACUAUAGUAAGAAUACUCUGCUAAACAUGAACAUAGAAGAUUAGCUGAUUUAUAUUCUUAAAUGUACAGCUUUUCAAGCACCACUCUAUGAAAUGGAAACACUGUUACCUUCAGGUUUUUUAAUUCCAUGAGCAUGUCUUUGGCACUAGUUCUAAGUGAAAACUUUUUGGUAGAAAACUUGCAUAGCUCUUACUGCAGGUCUCUGACAUACCAUACUUGCAUUGUUCAUCAAGUGCCAGUUCUUCCUGCAAUGGCAAGAAGUAUCUGACUCUUUCUUAAACUGUGAUUCAUGUGGCCAUUUGUACCCACAGUCACAAGUAAGUACGCAAAGCAGGCAGAUCCAAUUUUACAAUAACCCAUACUGACACAAACAGGAAUGUGUCUUCCUCUAGUGAAGAUGGGAAGUGUCAAGCUGGAGUCAAGUAUUGUUGCUGCUUUGGGCUGGAUAAACUAAAGGAUUUAGACAUUAAAACGCAGCAAACUCCACCCAAACAUCUAAGCACAAAAUGCAAAUCCUAAAAAUUCCCAGUCAGCUGCUGCCUAUUCAUCCUGAAGCACAUGCUUCACCAUGUAAAAUUCCCUAGGUAACUAAACAAAGUAAAUCCAGAACAACAACAACAAAAAUCUAAGUUCCAAGGGGCUAACCAUAUAUGCCACAUAUAAGCUCUAUCUGCACUUACACGCUGGGCAUCAUGCUGUCACAAAUAGCCCUAACAGGAAAGGUGUCACCACUUCUUUCUGCGUGGACAUAAUGGUGUAGAGAAUGUAGCUGUGCAUAAAGAAGUAGAAAAUAUUACACUAUUAGUUUUCACAAAGAGCUCUAGCAACUGUUCUCUGUCCCUUUUGAAGGUGAAGGUACCAGACUGGAUGUAAUUAUGCCUGCACGGCUCUUGAAAGCACCUUUUCAUUUGUUGCUUUGAGGCUUUAACACAACCAAGAAGGGAGUUGUAUCUUUAGUCCUGGAAGAGGAUAACAGGACAGAAAUAGCUUACAUACAUUUUACCCACCUGUAAAUAACUAAUAACUUGAUUUAAGGAUCAAGCACUUCUGUGUUCGUUGUACUACAGCAGUGCUUUUUAGUAUUCUCUUUAAAAAGUCAUGCUACUGAGUUACAAAGGUGGUGUUGGGGAAACAUGCUAGAGCUAUGUAAACCGCAAGUUCAUAAUACACUUCUAAGAAUUUUUCCUGAUUUUUUGUUUAUUUUUUAAAAAAAACGAAACAUGCCUUUUAUGUUCCUGCCUCUUGUUACAUGCUGUAAAGAGAUAGUAAGAUUUUUCAGAGCAAGGAAACAACUUAUUGGUGUGAUAUAAGUGGCACACUUUAGGAAAUCUAUUAAUAACUAAUAAAAUAAUAUUGGCUCUGUUA